GUUCUUUUUUUUUUUUAUUUAUUUCUUAGACUAUAUUCGUAUGACAUUUCCACUUGUGUUCUUUUCGAAACAAAAACGACAAAAAAAGCGUCAUUCUGUAUUCUCCCAUCAUACUGUUGAUCAGAGUGAUGUAUUAUCUAAACCUUUUUUACCCCUGGACACGCGGAUAACUUCACCCACCGAUCUCAUUGAUCUAGUUGGUCAUCCUCAAAUGACAAAACCAACUCCUUCUAGACCUUUCCAACAAACAAAACCUUCUGUUGUACGACUUGGUUCCUUUCCACCUUCUUUCAAAGGCAGUUAUACCAUGCACUAUACCAAUGGUAGUUCUGCUACACCUCAGCAAGCACCAAAUAGAACUGUGAUUGAUAAAACUCUCAUGGACAUGCCUCCCUCACCACCUCCUAAACAACCAACAUAUAAAUCUCGUCUUCAUUAUUCUGAAACGUUGUACAAUGUAGAAGAGAAAGUCCGACAAUCAUUACCUCCAAAACGAGACAGACGACAAUCUUCACCAUCCAUUUUACAAGACGCAUCAACAAAACAACAUGGUGAUCAAAAUGAAUUGGAUCGAUUACGGAAUCUGUAUGAUCAAGAACGCAAGUUAUGGCAACAGAAACUAGAAGAUUAUCAAGAACGGGAACAAGAAUUGAUGAAUUUAUUAGAAACAACACGUUCUAAAUUAGAUCAACUAGCAUUGCAUGAAAAUCAUCAUCAUCGGACAAUUCAUCAUCAUCAUCAUUAUCAUCAUUACCUACAAAACAAUAAUAAUAAUAAUAAUAAUAACACGCAUCCUAGACGCCGCCGUGCCACCAUUGCCACUACAGGAAGAAAACGGGACAAGUAUGAACCCCAACCAGAUUCAAUGAAUUUCCAGCAAGAUGAAGAUUCUAGUAUUUAUUGGACUCCUUUUUGGCCCACACCUCCCAUUGUAUAGUUCAUUAUUAGAUAGAUAGUUUUUUUAUUUUAUUUUAUUAGUUAGUUAGUUUUUGCGUCAAUAAAUUGAUCUGGA